GUGUACAACAGCACACCGGGGUGUGAGGAUCCAUUUUGGGACAGCAGAGGAUUGGUCGCAUUCUGGUACACCUCUAUUAACGGCGGUGCCUGCCUGGAGGGUUCUUUGGGGCACUCUGACCUGUAUCUGAAGAUCACUCUGAGGGAAGAGGAGUCAUGGGACAGAAAGCUGCAGGACAGUUGGACGCUUCCCGCCUGAUAGUCCCAGUUCUGCUGAUGUUGGGCUGGAUUGUGGGGUGUGCGGUGGUCGUCUACAUUGUCUUUUCCUAGGUCUGACGAAUAAUGUUUUUACCAAUGUGUCUUCUGAGACUGGACAACCUUCUAUAAGGAUCCAAUGGAAGAGGAUGAAGACAGUAUGCAUGUGUAUGUGCAUGUUAAUGUCCUCACACAAGCAGAGGACUGAUUUAAAUGUCUCUUGUGUUAAAAGGAUCUUCUGGUAGACAUAAACCUCAUGUGACAUUUGUAACACCAGUUCAAGCAAUAAAAUUCACAUCAUUUGUCUGUA